CCAUUUGUACCUCUGACUCUCAACUUGGGUUUUUGGGGGCGGUAAAUAAAUAAAUCCAUAAACCUCGUUCGUCGCAUAGUUAAACCGCGAAUGCUAUCCUUUGGCGCCAAAAAAAGUUCAGUUCAUCCCUGCUAAGUGCCGAGACAUGAGAGAAUCUUCUUUCAUGGCCACCCAAUCUCUUCGUCCUCCUCACUUCUCCGAGGAUGUAGCAUGGCUUCCAUCCUGGCUUCAGAGUCUUGGAACAAAUGGGUCUAUUGAAUUUGUUAAGGAGUCUCAAGCCGCUUCAUACCAAGAAGCAAAAGAUCUAGGACCUUCUCAAGAAAAUGGCAAUGACGAAAAAGAUUUCAAUGCAAUAUCAAGGGAAAAAGGUAGAUAUAAAAGUUGUCAUUUGUUCUUAUCUGGAGACGAUAGUUCACCUGUUAGUGUUGCUUCAUCUCCUGAAAAUGUGUUUCACUGUAGUCUGCGUCUUUCUUCAGAUGUUGAUUCACUCUUUUGCUUGAAUCAAGAUAUGAAUGAAUCACAUGAUGUAGUUGAACCAAGUGAAGUUUUGUCACUGCAACCUUUUCAACCUACCGAUUUUAUAGAGAACAUGCAUUCCAUGAUGGAUCCUCUUACCUGUGAACAAGAUGUAUUGGCUACUUUCAUCCCAGAAACCGUGGAAAAGGGUGCUUCGAAAUCUCUCAUUGAUACAAUUGAUUCUGUUGGACAACAGAAAGAAGGAUCUGAGGUUAAAGAUUUUGAAGGUGCUGAUGUCAGUAAUGCAGUUAAACUUUCUAUUGCUGCAUCUGAGGCAUUGGUCAUACAUGAUUUAGUGAAGAUGGACUCAGUUUUAGAAACAAUGCGUACAGAAGCUGUACUUGAAGUUGCACUUCGUGUGAAGCAGGCACGGCUUGAGGGGUUGGAAGAUGGCUUCCAAUCCUCAAAUGAGGAAUCUAACUAUAGUGAUUCUCUUUCUGAUUUGGAUGAUUUCAUUAUGGAAGAUACCUAUGAAGAUAUAGGCUUACCCAUUGAUGUUCCUGUUGAGAAUAAUCUUUGCAGUUCAACUAUAUUUCAAGUAAAAGGUGUGUCCGGUGCUGAAAAUGAUAGUAGAUGCAAUAAUAAACAUAGUGAUGGUGAGCUUACUUCUCAGCUUGCCAAUUUUGAUGAUAAAUCUAAACAAAAGCAGUUAGAAGCUAAUGUGGAGAGGGAGGUGCAGCAAGACUCACCUCGUUAUUCUUUACAUUGUGAGAAAGAGAUGCAUUCUGAUGAUCCUGGUUUGGGUGAAAACACUCUCAAACAUUUUGAUGAUAAUCUUCGUAUUUCUCAUCAAUGCAUAAAGUAUAGUACUGAUGUUUUGGCCCCCAACCAGAAUUGGGCAACUUACCCAGAUCCGGAAAGAUUUAGAAGCCGCUGGUUAGGGGGUUGGACAUGUAAGGAAUUAGAUUCAUCUUCAUUAAAUCAGAACAAUGCAAAAUGGAUUCCGAAGAUUCUCGUCAGAGAGACAAGCUUUCUUACAGAAUCUGUAGAUAUUGUUCCAGAUGAGAAUUCCUUUGUGCUGAAACAUCAUCCCAAGUGUUCCAUUGGUUCUCAGCUAAGUGUGCCUUCUGAAGACUCACACAACAAACGUGAUGAGGGCAUAUUGCAGUCUCAAGAUGUGAUCAGAUGUUCUAGUCUAUCAUUGACUGAUCCUCUUUGUUCAGUUGUUCCGUGUAGCCUUUCCUUAGAGCAUGUCAACUAUAAUACUGAUAUUGACAAAAAAAAUGAUACUAAGGAUUUUGUCCCAUCCAUCUCUGAAUUUGAGGUGGACAAUUUUCAAAGUAUCUUAGAUAAGAAUGUAAAAUUUGGCUGUAGUGAUGAGAAAAUUAUGUCUAUAUCAGAUGGUAAAGAUAUUCCAAUCACUGAAACAAUGAUGGAUGAACAAAUCACUGGGAAGUUAACAAGGAUUGAACAUACUUGUCUUAAGACUUAUAGCAUGAUUAUACCAAACCAAGAUUUCAACCUAAAGUAUAAUUUGGAUGAACUUCCAACCGAUCAGAGUAUGGGUAGUGCUGCAUCCUUGGGCACAAAGAUUUCACAGAGCCAAUCUGCUUCAAAGCAUGCAGAUGAAAACAAAAACAAAGAAGAUAAUCAGCCUUUGGUUGAUCAUAAGUCAACUCUUGAAAUAACAGAUGACAAGAGUGGCAAUGAGUUAAAAGCAGCAGAUGCAAGUGACAUUUCAACAGAACCAACACAAAACAGGAGAUCACCUCUUAUUCUAAAUCAUCGGAUACGCCGGUGUUUGCAGGGCCCUAUGAAUGUUGCAAAUGGUAUCAGUGUAGAGAAAAUUAUGACGCAGCAUGUAGUACCAGAAGCUGUUGCUCAAAAUCGGCAGAACAAUAAUCUUAAUAAACUGCAGCUAGAGAGCAAUAAUGUACACAGUGGACAUGUUAGAGUCAGAAAGCAAGUACAUUUCUCAGAAAAAGUGGAGGAGCUUCAUCCAAAAAGGAAAUGCUCAAAGUUGGAAUCCUCACAUAAAAGAUGUUCAUCUGUUAGAGCAAAAAGGGGACGAGUUUCAAAGUCAUUGACCACUUCUGUGCCAUGUAUGAAACAUUCUUUGACAAAUUAUUGCAGAAGUGCAGUGAAUGAAUUUAUAUUUCAAGGUAUAGAGUUCCUUCUCACCGGAAUAUCUAGUCAGAAGGAAAGGAACAUGGAAGCACUUAUAAGGAAUUCUGGUGGGGUGGUUCUUUAUGAUAUUCCCUCUCCACAAAAUUCAGGGGGGAAGAGAAAUUCAACUUUAUAUCACUUUCCCAUUAUUCUUUGUAUGAGAAAGCUGCAAACCACCAAAUUCUUAUAUGGUUGUGCUGUUGGUGCCUCAAUACUUAAAGUUGAUUGGAUUACUGAUUGUGUUGCAUCUAGAACUAUUUUGCAACCUGAAAAAUACAUGAUUCUUCCAAAUCGAAAAGACAUGAAGUGGACCAGGAUUGGGACAACAAUUCAUCACAGAAACCAAAAAGAUAUUUUUGAAAGAGUAGGAAUUCUGCUCCAUGGGAAGCCUAGUUUCUGCACCAAAUUGGCAUGUAUCAUCAAGCAUGGAGGUGGACAUGUGUUCAAAACUCUUCAAGGGUUAGAAUGGAGCACUGAUGAGGAAAGGACUUUGGUUGGAGCUAUUGUAGUUGAAGAUAAGGCUACAAUAUCACGUCAUCUGAAGCACUGUGCCAAGGAGCGGAACAUCCCCAUCAUGCCUUUUAGCUGGAUCAUUAAGAGCUUGUAUUCAGGAAAGUUACUUCCUUUCACGGAAGAAAAGAAUACACUUUCUUUGCCAUUUGUUAACGUUAAAGUCUCUGAAGUUCCAAGUUCUUCGGAUAUGAGUGAAGAAAUAUAAAAUAUUCUCUCAGCAACUAUCUAUUAACCCACACUAUCAGUGAUGGCUUCUGGAGCAAUUUGAAGAUCUUAUUUUGAUUUAUAGAAGGGGCUCACACAAUGGCAGAUUCAGAAAUUUUAAGUUUUUACGGAGACAUUAUUCAUGUAUGUAAUUCUGUGAGGGCAAUAUGCAUAUUAUGUAUUGAUUUUUUUUACUACAUUUAAAAGUAUGGAGACAAUUUGUAAAUAUACAUAUACAUUUUAUGAAUAAUUUAAAAAAUUUGUGAGGAAAGCUUCCC